AUCCCCCGGGGUCCCUGAGGACAGUGGAUGAUGCUUUCACGAGGCAUAUCGGGUUCAGCUUGGGGAUUGACCUAUGCUGGUGCAAAUGAGCCAGGUUGGAGACAGCAGCACCCUGGGCUGGACCACCGGUCUCCAAAUCGGCUCAUUUGCAGGAGCUGCCGCCGUGGCCAGUGCUUGCUUGGGGAAGUGGGUGCAUGGGGUGCGUUGAAGAGCCUGCAUCAGGACAAACCCCUGCAAAAUGCACCCCCUCUCCAGGGCCAGAAGGGAAAAACCCACCAAGCCCACAUGGGAGGAGCAGGGAAACCGUGGAGGAUGUUUGUCACGGUGAGAUCUGUCGUCACCAACAAAGGGCUUAUAGGGGCACCGUCAAGAGAAGGAACCACUGUCACAGCGGGGAAAGAGCAGAGGAGAGGUGCUGAGAGAGAUCCGUGGCUCUAAUAAUGGACUCUCCAAGCACCCCCUUUCCUGCCAGCCAGCUCACAGAGCACAGACUCAGCAAUUCCUGCUAUGAGAUCCGAGACGAGUUCCUCUCUGUGACGCUGCCUGUCAUGUACUCCCUCAUCUUCAUCAUCGGGCUGCUCAGCAACACCCUGGCGCUCUGGGUGUUCGUGUGCGGCACGCAGCGCAGGACCUCCAUCACCGUGUACAUGAGGAACCUGGCGCUCUCUGACCUGCUGCUCUCCCUCUGCCUGCCCUUCCGCAUCGCCUUUCAGAGCAAGAGCGAGCCUCUGGUCCUCUGCAACAUCAUUGGGGCCUUCUUCUACCUCAACAUGUAUGUCAGCAUCACUUUCCUCAGCCUGAUCAGCCUCGACCGCUACCUGAAGAUCAUCCAGCCCCUGCAGAAAUUUAGGAUUCACACUGUGUCAUGUAGCACCGUGGCCUCUGGGGUGGUUUGGUUUGUGCACACAGCGUUCAUGCUGCCUUUCUUUUUUGAGACGAGAGGAAAAGAGCACUGUGACCACAAAUGCUUCCAUUUCAGGAGCAAAAGCACCACAGCAGCGGCUUUUAACAUGGUCGCAGUAGCCACUUUCUUCAUCCUGCUGCUGCUCUUCCUUUACUUCUACAGCAAGAUAUUUGCCAAACUCCACAAAGUCUCUUCAGUGAAAGCUCAGCAGCUGAACAAGAGGACCAGCACGAGAGCCAUCGCCAAGACCUUCAUAGUCCUGAUCAUCUUCAUUGUAUGCUUCACCCCCUAUCACAUUGUCCGCGUUCCUUACAUCCUUGCGCAAGUGGGGACCAUUUCUAGUCUGCCCUGGAAGCAGGGUCUCCACCUGGCUAAUGAGCUUGUGCUCUGCAUCUCAGCCCUCAACAGCUGCCUUGACCCAGUCAUCUUCUUCUUCUUGUCCACCAGCUUCCGGAGGGCUGUGCUCUGCACCAUCCGGGGCAGGCUGAAGAGAGCUCUCCUAAGGCACCAGGGUGGGCUGAGCCACAGCAGGUCUGUGACAGAGAUAUAGGCUUUCCAGUGGGGACAAGGUCUCAGGCAUGGGACCUUCUCAUCACGGAUUUGCUCUGACUGCUUGUAUUUACCAGACGAGUCUUGCUGGGAAGAUGGAGAAAGAAACUGGAAUCCCUUCACGUUUCUUCCACUGACAUCACCAGGGCUAGAGCUUCCUUGGUGGGGUAAGUGAAGAGGAAAGGAAAACCAGCACCUUACCUUUUCUUGCCCCAGCUGCGCUGACACAGCUGAAGAAUGUAUUUCCCAGGAAGAAUGAAGGCUGGAAGCACCAAAGGAGAAAGAGCCUUGGCCUAGGUCUCCACCGAGCCAGGGGAAGGGCAAGGACAGAGCCCAGGGCUGAGGCAGGCUCCUGCAAUGGGAGGAAGAGGAGUGAUGGCAAGAAUGGGAAUCCGCUGUGAAUGUUUUCUAAGUGCCACAUCGUCUCCACACCAGAGAAAGCAGGAAAAGGGAAGGGGAGAUGAUGAAUGCAGAAGCAUUGGGAAAAGAAGAGGGAAACACCCAUCAGAGCAUUACUUGGAGAGUGGACAAUGAUAACUUUUCCUCUCCUGUUACCACAGUCUUUGUAACUCCAGGUCAGCCUCACUUUUCUAUGUAUUCAGACAGCUUCGGGCUUCCUUUAGGAAUUCUCCUUUGCUCAUUUCACUGCCAUGUUCACCCAGGACCAGCAGCUUUGCCUGCCCAUUGCACAGCACUUGUUUGGCGCUUGGACCGUGCCAAGAACAUCCAGCAAGGGAUCCGACGGCCAAAGGGAAUGCACCACAGAAGUGCCUAGCAAGAUUUUCUGCCUUUUUUAUGCUUUGGUGUCCAUUCUCUUCCUGCAGAAGAGAACAUUUCCCUGCUUGUACUUUUGCUGUUUCAUAUGUUCAUCUGUUUGCUUGUUUCAGAAGAGUGCAGACUCGGAGACACAGACUGAGCCACUCACACAUCAGGCAAACACAGUAAUGAGGGGAAGGAGGAUUUUCGUUCAGUCUGUGAACUGUUCUAGUAACUGCUGAGCUCAAACACUUGAAUAAUACUUGGGAGAACAAAAUGUUACGUUAAAGACUAAAUCCUCUGAUCUUUACGGUUAAGGUCUGACUAACCCCACUGUAGCUCUGUU